UUCUGUCUGUCUGUUUUAUGAUCAGUAGAAUGUGUGUGAGCCGCUUCGACUGAGAGAGCGGUGUAAUGAUAAAAGCCGCAUUUGCGGUACGCUCCUCUCACCUCAUAUAAAUCAGGAAAAAACGGAGAAACCGCCUUAUUUCAUUCCUCCUCGAGCCCUAGACUUAUCCACGUCUCGGAGAACAUUGUGAAGCAGCACCAUGUCCAGGCCGUCAGGGGGCGGUGUUGCCAAUGAUGUCACCCGCUUCCUGUCCACAGGGGCGGUGCCAGGUUCGCCCACUUCCUCUACCCCCACUGGCCACGUAUUCUCCGCCUCCAGCCAAGCUGAUUGGGCGGCAAAGAGGCUCGUCUGGGUUCCAUCCGAGAAGCACGGUUUUGAGUCUGCCAGUAUCCGUGAGGAGCGAGGGGAUGAGGUGGAGGUGGAGCUAACAGACAGCCAGAGGAAGCUGACCCUGUCCAGGGAGGAGGUCCAGAGGAUGAAUCCUCCCAGGUUCAGUAAGGUGGAGGACAUGGCUGACCUCACCUGUCUCAACGAAGCCUCCGUCCUACACAACCUCAGAGAGAGAUACUACUCUGGCUUGAUAUACACAUACUCGGGCCUGUUCUGUGUGGUGAUCAACCCCUAUAAGAACCUGCCCAUCUACACAGAGUCUAUAGUGGAGAUGUACCGAGGGAAGAAACGCCAUGAGAUGCCCCCUCACAUCUACGCUAUAUCAGAGGCUGCCUACCGCAGCAUGCUACAAGACAGAGAAGAUCAAUCUAUCCUCUGCACCGGCGAGUCUGGCGCAGGGAAGACAGAGAACACUAAGAAAGUCAUCCAGUAUCUGGCUCAUGUGGCCUCGUCCCAUAAGACUGGAACUCUGGGUAGGAACAAGGAGGCCUCACAGAUGGAUGGCAGUAGGUCGUUGCCCCGGGGCAGUUCCAUGGUGAACAGGAGUGUGCAAUAUGGGGAGCUAGAGAGACAGCUGCUACAGGCCAACCCCAUCCUGGAGGCCUUCGGAAAUGCCAAGACUGUCAAGAACGACAACUCCUCCAGAUUUGGCAAAUUCAUCCGUAUUAACUUUGACGUGGCUGGAUAUAUUGUCGGUGCCAACAUUGAGACCUACCUGCUGGAGAAGUCGAGGGCGAUCCGCCAGGCCAAAGAUGAAAGGACCUUUCACAUCUUCUACCAACUCAUGUGUGGAGCUUCAGAGGCCACCAGAGCAGACCUUCUCCUUGGUAGUGCUGACCAGUACAGGUUUCUGAGUGGAGGUGCUAUACCUGUUCCAGGCCAGAGUGACGCUGACAACUUCACCCAGACCAUGGACUCUAUGACCAUCAUGGGAUUCACACCAGAGGAGUCUCUGUCCAUGUUGAAGGUGAUCUCUGCGGUGCUCCAGUUUGGGAACAUCUCGUUCACUAAGGAGAAGAACCAGGACCAGUGCUCCAUGCCAGACGACACGGCUGCCCAGAAACUGAGCCACCUGCUGGGCAUCAGCGUGCUGGAGUUCUCCCGGGCCAUCCUCACCCCCAGGAUCAAAGUAGGACGCGAGUACGUUCAGAAGGCCCAGACCAAAGAACAGGCUGACUUUGCUGUGGAGGCGUUGGCCAAAGCUACAUAUGAGCGUCUGUUCCGUUGGCUGGUCCACAGGAUCAACCGGGCGCUGGACCGCAGACAGAGACAGGGAGCCUCUUUCAUAGGCAUACUGGACAUAGCAGGCUUUGAGAUCUUCCAGUUGAACUCAUUUGAGCAGCUGUGUAUCAACUACACCAAUGAGAAGCUGCAGCAGCUGUUCAACCACACCAUGUUCAUCCUGGAGCAGGAGGAGUACCAGAGGGAGGGCAUCGAGUGGAGCUUCAUCGACUUCGGCCUGGACCUGCAGCCCUGCAUCGACCUCAUUGAGAGACCGGCCCAGCCCCCUGGUGUGCUGGCCCUAUUGGAUGAGGAGUGUUGGUUUCCGCGGGCGACAGAUCGUUCAUUUGUGGAUAAGCUGUCUGCUGAGCAGGGGACACACCCUAAAUUCUUCAAACCUCGACAAAUACGACAAGAGGCCGACUUCGCCAUCAUCCACUACGCUGGGAAGGUGGACUAUAAGGCAGAUGAUUGGCUGGUGAAGAAUAUGGAUCCUCUGAAUGACAACAUAGCGUCUCUCCUCCACCAGUCCUCUGAUCACUUCAUCUCUGAGCUCUGGAGAGAGGAUAUUCAGACUCUUCCUCGAGUAUAUUUCUUUGACUCCUAUGCCACACUGCAGACCAAUGGCUCUGACAUGGAGAGGCCCGUAGGGCUGGACCAGGUGUCCAACGACACCAACAGUGGGCCGGUCAACUUCGGGGCGGGGCUGAAGACUAAGAAGGGGAUGUUCAGGACCGUGGGUCAGCUCUACAAGGAGUCCCUCACCAAGCUGAUGGCAACACUACGAAACACCAACCCGAACUUCCUCCGCUGUAUCAUCCCCAACCACGAGAAGAAGUCUGGUAAGCUGACUCCCCAUCUUGUUCUGGACCAGUUGAGGUGUAAUGGAGUCUUAGAGGGGAUCCGUAUCUGCAGACAGGGCUUCCCCAACCGCAUCCCCUUCCAGGAGUUCAGACAGAGGUAUGAGAUCCUGACUCCUAAUGCUAUCCCUCGUACCUUCAUGGACGGGAAGCAGGCCUGUGAACUCAUGAUCAGUGCGUUGGAGCUGGACCGUAACCUGUUCAGAGUUGGGCAGAGCAAAGUGUUCUUCAGGGCUGGAGUCUUAGGUCACCUGGAGGAGGAGAGAGACCUGAAGAUCACUGACACCAUCAUACGCUUCCAGAGCGCUGCCCGAGGAUUCCUCGCACGCAGGGCCUUCCUGAAGAAGCAGCAGCAGCUGAGUGCUAUGAGAGUGAUGCAGAGGAACUGUGCUGCCUACCUCAAACUCAGGAACUGGCAAUGGUGGAGGCUGUUCACCAAGGUGAAGCCUCUGCUGCAGGUGACUCGUCAGGACGAGGAGAUCCAGGUGCGGGAGGCGGAGCUUAAGAAUGCCAAAGACAACCUGACCAGAGUGGAACAGGACUACACUGAUCUGGACAAGAAACACAUACAGCUGAUGGAGGAGAAGGCGGUGCUGACAGACCAGCUGCAGGCGGAGGCGGAGCUGUUUGCUGAGGCGGAGGAGAUGAGGGCCAGACUGGUCAGCAGGAAGCAGGAGUUGGAGGAAAUCCUGGGGGAGCUGGAGGGACGAUUGGAGGAGGAGGAGGAGAGGGGCGUUCAGAUGACCAAUGAGAAGAAGAAGAUGCAGCAGCACGUGACGGAUCUGGAGGAGCAGUUGGAGGAGGAGGAGUCGGCCAGACAGCGCCUCCAGUUGGAGAAGGUUACCCUGGAGACCAAGGUCAAGAGUCUGGAGACAGAGAUGCUGAGCACUGGAGAACAGAGAGACCGCCUCAGCAAGGAGAAGAAGCAUCUGGAGGAGAGGUUGAAUGAGGUGACAGACUCACUGACUGAGGAAGAGGAGAAGACCAAGAGUCUCAACAAACUGAAAAACAAACAGGAAGCAGUCAUUGCUGACCUGGAAGAUCGGUUGAAGCGUGAGGAGCAGGGUCGUCUGGAGCAGGAGAAGUGGAGGAGGAGGAUGGAGGGAGAAGCCGUGGAAGCCCAGGAGCAGCUCUCUGACCUGGGACUACUGUCCGCUGAACUCAGGGGCACCCUGGCUCAGAGAGAGAAAGAUAUCACAACCCUACAGGGGAGGUUGGAGGAGGAGGGUGCACGAAGGACUGAGGCUCAGAGGGCUCUGAGAGAGGCCAUGUCUCAGGUGUCAGAGCUGAAGGAGGAAGUGGAAAAUGAACGAGGGAUGAGAGAGAGGGCAGAGAAACAGAGGAGAGACCUGGGGGAGGAGCUGGAGGCCUUGAGGACAGAGCUGGAAGACACACUGGACACCACGGCGGCCCAGCAGGAACUCAGGUCUCGUAGAGAGGCAGAGCUGGGGGAGCUCCAGAGGUGUGUUGAGGGGGAGACGAGACGUCACGAGGCCCAGCUCUCAGAGCUCAGAGUCAAGCACUGCUCUGCCAUAGACAACUUGCAGGAACAACUGGACAACAGCAAGCGGGCCCGUCAGUCCCUAGAGAAGGCCAAGACUCUAUUAGAGGACGAGAGGGUGAGCUUGGCCUCAGAGCUGAAGUCCCUGCAGGGGGGCCGCAUGGAGAGUGAGAGGGGCCGCAAGAGGGCAGAGGGCCAACUCCAGGAGCUGACCGCACGCCUCGCACAGGCCGACAGAGAGAGAGAGGAGAGAGAGGAGCGACUGCACAAGCUACAGUCUGAGAUGGAGACCCUCUCUAGUUCUCUCUCCUCCUCUGACUCCAAGUCGCUCCGUCUCAACAAGGAGGUCAGCAGCCUGGAGAGCCAGCUCCACGACGCUCAGGAGCUACUUCAGGAUGAGACUCGUCAGAAGCUUGCUCUGGGCUCCAGGGUGAGAGCUCUGGAGGAGGAGAGGAAUGGACUGAUGGAGAGAGUGGAGGAGGAAGAGGAGAGAGCCAAGGAUCUCUCCAGGCAGAUACAGACUCACACUCAGCAGCUGGCUGAGUUGCGGAGGCAGUCGGAGGAGGUGAAUGGGGCGGUGGAGGCAGGAGAGGAGACGCGCAGGAAACUGCAGAGAGACCUAGACCAGGCCGUCCAGAGAGAACGACAGAAGGAGGAGGAGAAAGAACGCGUGGAGCGACAGAGGGAGAGGCUGAGGGAGGAGAUAGAGGACAUGACCCUGGCCCUGCAGAGAGAGAGACAGAACUGCACCACCCUGGAGAAGAGGCAGAAGAAGUUUGACCAGUGCCUGUCAGAGGAGAAGGCGGUGAGUGCCCGGCUGGCUGAGGAGAGAGACAGGGCCGAGGCAGACAGUAGAGAGAAGGAGACACGCUCCCUGGCACUGGCACGAGCCCUGCAGGAGGCCCAAGAUCAGAGGGACGAGCUGGAGAGAUCUAACAAGCAGCUCCGCAUAGACAUGGAACAACUAGUCAAUCAACAGGAUGACGUGGGGAAGAAUGUGCAUGAGUUGGAGCGUUCCCGGCGGGCCCUGGAGACAGAGGCAGAGUCCCUGCGCACUCAGACCCAGGAGCUGGAGGAGGAGCUGGGGGAGGCGGAGAACUCCAGGCUGAGGCUCGAGGUCACCCUCCAAGCCCUCAGGGCCCAGUUUGAGAGAGAGAUCAGCACCAAGGAGGAGAAAGGGGAGGAGAAGAGGAGGUCUCUCAACAAACAGGUGAGGGAGUUGGAGACCCAGCUAGAGGAGGAGAGGAGUCAACGCUCUCAGGCCAUGUCCGUCAAGAAGCAGCUGGAGGCGGAGCUACAGGAGGCUGAGGCCCAGGUGGAGACAGCCAAUCGCGGGAGGGAGGAGGGGCUUAGGCAGCUACGGAGACUGCAGGUUCAGAUGAAGGAGGUGCUUCGUGAGCUGGAUGAGUCCAAGCUGGCCCGUGACGAGGUGGUCGUCCAAUCAAAAGACACAGAGAAGCGCCUGCAGACCUUGGAGGCAGAGUUACUGCAGCUUACAGAGGAUUUAUCAGUGUCUGAGAAGAUGAGGAGACAGGCCCAACAGGAGAGAGAUGAGAUGGCUGAUGAGAUCAUCAACAGCUCUACCGGGAAGUCUGCUCUGUGUGAUGAGAAGCGGAGGUUGGAGGCGCGAGUCACUCAGCUGGAGGAGGAGUUGGAGGAGGAGCAAAGCAAUGCUGAACUAGUGGCCGAGAGACACAGGAAGACUACACUUCAGGUGGAGACUCUGACGGUGCAGCUGCAGGGAGAGAGGACCCUGGGCCAGAAGGCUGAGGGGGCCAGGGAGGCUCUGGAGAGGCAUAACAAGGAGCUGAAGCUGAAGCUGGGGGAGAUGGAGGGAGCUGUCAGGGGAAAACACAGGCUCAGUGUCGCCGCCCUGGAGGCCAAGAUGGACGGCAUGGAGGAGCAGCUGGAGCAGGAGAGACAAGAGCGAGCGACAGCCAACAAGCUGGUGAGGAAGACAGAGAAAAAACUGAAGGAGGUGUUGAUGCAGGCAGAGGACGAGAGGAGACAUGCAGACCAGUACAGAGAACAGUUGGAUAAGUCUAUGGGCCGGCUGAGGCAGCUGAAGAGGCAGCUCGAGGAGGUGGAGGAGGAUAACUCUCGUUCCAACGCCCAGAGACGUAAACUGCAGAGAGAGAUGGAGGAGCUGACUGACAGCUCCCAGAGCAUGACCCGCGAGAUCACCGCUCUACGCAGCCACCUCAGUCUGCCUCACACUCCACUCCAUCCACUCAGCAUCACCACAUCUGAACGGAAACCAGAGAAGCGUGCUCCGAUGCCCCUUGGGAUGCGCUCAGGUCGCAGGGCGUUGGUGGAUGAUCUAUCGUGUGAGAACUCUGACUCGGAGGAGCCCCCCCCCUCCCCGACUCCUUCUUCUGGUACUGGCCCCGGAACUGGCCCCGGCACCCCCACACCCCCCUCUGAAAACAACAGUCUAGGACCCCCCCCACCAUACAGCCUCAACGACACUGAGUAACACACACACAAACACACACGCAUACAUACAGAUACAUACUCACACAGACACAUAGGCCUGCAUACAUGUAUAUGUACACAUAGGCCUGCAUACAUGUAUAUGUACACAUAGGCCUGCAUACAUGUAUAUGUACACAUAGGCCUGCAUACAUGUAUAUGUACACAUAGGCCUGCAUACAUGUAUAUGUACACAUAGGCCUGCAUACAUGUAUAUGUACACAUAGGCCUGCAUACAUGUAUAUGUACACAUAGGCCUGCAUACAUGUAUAUGUACACAUAGGCCUGCAUACAUGUAUAUGUACACAUAGGCCUGCAUACAUGUAUAUGUACAUACAAAUACACCCUCACAUAGACUGACUUACUGAUCCUGCACUUCUUUAAACUAUUUCCUCUGCAGUCCAAACUAGAACAGAGAGCAUACUCACACACACACACACUCUCUCUCUCUCUCUCACUCUCACUCUCACUCUUACUCUCACACACACACACACACACACAAUUUAAUGGGGGAAGAGGAUUUGUUGAUGAUUCGUGAGCAAGAAUAUGGACUGUAAUCUCACUGGGGGAAACUUCAUCUCCCAGAAAUCUGAGGGAAAGUGAAUUCUAUCAUCAUAGCCAUGUUCUAUUAUUAUGAUACUGUAUUAUGAUUCAAAUGGCAGAAGUAAGAUGGCUACUGGCCACUAUCAAUUUAAGGCCAUGUUUAACCCUUUGAGGAACUCUGACAAUAUUCCUCCUGUGUUUAGCGUUCUAGUUGAGGACAUCGCAAAGGGCUGCUAAAUGUUCUAGAAUGCUGUAGAAUCCUGGAAUAAAACACUCCGAAUACUGUUCCACUCCUCAAAGGGUUAAUGACAAUCUGCAUGUUUGGGAAGACAUUUUGCAAGACUAGAGAAACACGCACACACACUCACACACACAUACAGGGGACUGAUUCAUGUUUCUAUGUAUGUAGUCCCUCUGUCAGUGUGUGUCUUGGAAAAGGUAAUCGCUCAUUGACUGCUGGUGUGAAAGACAGCUGAUAUGCUCUUCUGUCUUUUAACAAGCCUGGGAGAAGCUCCCAUGAGUUGUUCAUCUUUCCAGCUCUCACUUGAAUUUCAAUUUAAGGCCAAGUUAUUAUUUUUGUAAUUAUUUUAGAAAACAAACACAGAAUGUCUGUGAAGUAUUUUAGGAUAUAUUACUAAUUUGUUUGUAGUUUGAAUUAGGUCAUAUAUGGGGGAAAUAUCAAUCAGGGAAGAGGGUUAAGUGAGAGAGGAAAAAAUGAAAAAUGAUAAUCAACCUUGCUGUUGUAUGCACAAUGAAGAAUGAAGCCAGCGUCAAGUUUCUAUAGAAAAAGACUAGAUGAUAUUUCACUCCAUCAUCACACAUACUGGUGAAACUGGCUAGGGCAUAAACACCGGCAUCAUCGUAGACCUUAUCAAUCCAUCUUAUGAUUGUCAUAAGAUGAUGAAAUGUUGCUAUCUUUUGUCAUGAGAAGCGAUGACAACCAAACAUGCUGUUGCAGUUGCAUCAAACACUAUUGCAAAACAAACCAUGCAGUCUGUCUUCGGUGCUGUGCUCUGAUCUGGGUUAUCUAGACAUUCAUUGACCUUUUUGGAUUGAGACAGAUAGGUAGUUACUGUAGUUAGGCCAAUGGAUUGCAUAGGUAGGUAGAGUACAGUACAGUAGGUAGAUAGAUACAGUAGGUAGAUAGAUACAGUAGAUAGAUACAGUAGGUAGAUAGUUUCUUUAAGUUUUUAACAUAUCGCUACUUAUAAAUACAGGCAGUUGAAUCUAUGUCAUUUAUAUCAGUCUGAAUAUGAGUAAAAUCCUCCAUUAUUUAUUGCCGCUGGUUGUUUUUUGUAUUCUUUCCAGUCUGUUCAGACAUAUCAUUGGUAGAUGACAUACUGGUAUGGUAUCACUGGCACUGAUGGAAAGGAAGGCAGGGCCUCACACAUACUGUAACCAUGGCAAUAGAGAGAGGUUAAGAACAGAAUCACAAUUACUAGGUAGAUUGUGGUUAACAACAUCUGUCUAUCUAUGUAGACUUGUGUUGUUGAAUAAUUCCUGGAUGGGGUAUUGGUUGUUCUAUUUGACAGUGUAUCAGGAUGUUAGGGAAGUUUGUAGGUCUUGGUUAGUAGGGAAUGCACUGGAAAUAUAUUGGACAGAGAGAUGACAGACAUUUAAGACAGUAACCAACACUACAUCAGAACUCACCUGUGGAGCAGGACACUGGAAUCUCUUACACAGAACAGGAACAUGUGAAAAUUGAGGACGUAAUGUUGGUGUUUUGAGACUGCUAGUCAUUCUCAACAAACAUCUUUUGUGUUUAUCAAACAGACAUAUUGUACAUUGUAAUAUUGUUUUUUUUAAAUUCAUUCAUUGUGUAAUAUAUUUAUGGAACAAAGCUUUUGUGUUUAACCAAAUGGUGGGCGUAUGGAUGAGAAAAGGGACUUAUUGUAUACGUAGUAGAAUAGAAUAGAUUCAAGUAGAGUAGUAGGGCGGAGACUGGUUGGAGGAAUUUCCACUGUAAUCCAUAGAACUACCCUCUGGAAUAACAGACCAAAGUGGAGGACUUUUUCCAGCAACUUCCGUUGAGUUCAUUGUCUUCAGAUCUGUCCUAUGAAGCACCAAGAAAACCCUGUUUCUACCCAGAAUUUCUGUAUAGAUCAUUCUAGAACAGUAACGCUCUAGGCUUCCCUCCCCUUAUAUCAUAAUAGUGUUUUUGCGGAAGUCAUAAGGGGUUGAAUCUUCCAAAGUGUUGUCUUUUCAUUAAGUGACAGACAGGGAGAUUUCUAGCUAGUUAGAAGAUAUGGUUUUAGAGGAUACAUGCCCCGCCCCCUUUAAUCUCCAACAACAUUCACCAUUCAUUCAAAUUUAACAAGUGCAAAACCUUUUUGUUUGUGUAUAUUGUUUAUAUUUGAACUCCUCUCAGCCCCAGAACCUAUCUGCCUGACACAGCAGAAGUCUGUACAGAGAAUAAAUAUCCUGUCCACAUACUGUCCACACACGACACCUUGACAUAGGGACGUUUCGCUGCUCAGUCUAGUUAAACACUAUGUAUUUGCAUGGCGGUGCAUUCCAUUGAUUAUAGCAUUGGCCGCAUAUAGUCUCCCGGUUGUCUGCUCUUGUACAAGGAAGAGUAUUUAUCUCCCUCCACAUAAGACUAGGACAUUCCCCUUGAAAAGCAUGCAGGGUUGAACAACUAAAAGGUUGUUUAAAGAGCAAACUUACAGUUCCCCAUCAUUAACUCAUGUCAAGCUUGACACAGUGGAGAGCAAACUUACAGUUCCCCAUCAUUAUCUCAUGCCAAGCUUGACACAGUGGAGAGCAAAGUUACAGUUCCCCAUCAUUAUCUCAUGUUAAGCUUGACACAGUGGAGAGCAAAGUUACAGUUCCCCAUCAUUAUCUCAUGCCAAGCUUGACACUGUGGAGAGCAAACCAAGAUCCAUUUGGAUCAUUUUCAUGACAGUACUAUAGAAACAGUCAGAUCUUCAGAACUAGCAGCCUAAUGAGGACAUGGGAUCUUUGAAUUAACAAUGAGUUCUAUUAGUAUUUGAUUACAAAAAAAAUGAUGACAUGUAUUUGGUCUUUUUUUUCUUCCUCUUCAUGUGAUUUAUUUGGCAAAAUGUACUUUUUUUGUAAGUUACUGUAAAUGCUGCACUUUACAUAUGCACCAAUAGAGGGCAGACUCCGGCAGUAUCAGUGGCUGGCAUUGGUUCACAGUCAGUCCCAUCUCUCUGGAGAUGAUGCAGAUUUUAUAUGUAAAUCUAACUGAUUUGUCAAAGAUCUGAGCAGAUGUUUUAAAUGUUAUUUGGAUGCAAACUGUCACUUUAAAGUUGUGAAAAUUAAGAUCACUACAUUUUAAAAUAUCUAGGUUUGGUCUUCAGGGGAAGUAGUAGGAAGGUUGGUUUGAGGUUAAAGGUUGAAGGCUGACCCCUGGAAUGUGAUCAGAGAACUGAAGUGUCUGUGCCUCUGUAGAGACCGGUGCUUUUUCAAAGGUGUUAUAAUUUUGUUGAUUUUAUUUAUUUUAUGGCUUCUGUGGAAAUUGAACAUUUUGGAAAGGUGUUGUUUAUUAUCAUUUUUUUGUUUGAUGCUGUAAUUAUAAAACAUAUCUGACUGGGGUGAACUUUAAUAUAUGUUGUUGGUUUUGA